UAUAUAUUAUUUUAUUCAUUUGAAUGAAGUGGUCUAGUCCACUGUCUUUCCGGACUCCGGAGCUGUCAAACGCUUUGGAAGAGGGGGAGGGUGAACAUGGCGUCUGAGCAGGAGAGUUCUAAUGGGCCUGUGAAGAGGUCCAUGAGGGAGAAGGCCAUGGAACGGCGGACCACCAACAAGGAGCACAACAGCAACUUCAAGGCGGGCUAUGUGCCCAUUGAGGAGGAGCGCCUGCACAAGACAGGCCUGAGAGGACGCAAGGGCAACAUGGCUGUUUGCAUCAUAGUCCUGCUCUUCUUGCUGGCUCUCAUCAACCUCAUUAUAACUCUAGUGAUAUGGACAGUGAUCCGCAUCGGGCCCAGUGGUUGUGACAGUAUAGAGUUCCAUGAGAGUGGGCUGCUGCGUUUCAAGCAGAAGGCAGACAUGGGUGUGGUCCACCCACUACACAAGAGCACUGUGGGGGGCAGGAAGGACCAGGACCUGGUUAUCACCGGCAACAACAACCCGGUGGUGUUUCAGCAGGGCUCCACUAAGCUCAGUGUUGAGAAAGAGAAGACGUCCAUCACCAGUGACAUGGGAAUAUCCUUCACUGACCCCCGCACUCAGAACACCUUCUUCAGCACAGACUUUGAAAACCACGAAUUCCACCUGCCCAAAGGAGUCAAAGUACUCAGUGUGAAGAAAGCCUCCACAGAAAGGAUCACCAGCAACGCUUCCUCUGACUUGUCCAUCAAAGGGGACAGCAAGGCCAUCAUCCGCGGCAAUGAGGGGGUCUUCAUCAUGGGCAAGACGGUGGAGUUCAGGAUGGGAGGGGACAUCGAGCUCAGAGCUGAGAACAGUAUUGUUCUGAACGGGUCGGUGAUGGUGAGCAUCAGUCGCAUGCAAAACUCCUCAGUGGGGGCCAACGUGUAUUUCGACGAAGGUCUGUUGAGGUACAAGCUGUGUAUGUGUGCAGACGGCACUCUGUUCCGUGUCCAGGUGAAGUAUCAGAACAUGGGCUGCCAGACCUCAGACAACCCCUGUGGAACGGCCCACUAAAGAGACUGGAAGACAAACUGAUGUGACACCAUCCAUCUUGUCCUACAAUUAACAGAUGGUCAAGUAUGGCCAACCAAUGUUGAAAUAACCUAGAACAAUGUGCAGUGCAUACUGCAUACACAUUCAAAAUGUAACACCCAGAAACACACACUUUUUUAUGGAGGCCUUUUUGUUUGUCUGCAUAUCCGCUUGGCCAAAGAUAAGAGCUACAUACAGUAUUAUCAUUUUGUUUUGUUUAGACUUAGAGCAGCACACUAUAUGAAGUAACAACAGACACAGCACUCUACCAAGCAGUCCAGUAUUAUUACCGGUGUUCUGGGUAUUUAUAUUGAUAAGAUUUGCUUAUGUAUAUUUCCACUGGCAGCUGUGUGUGACUCGAGUACAAGUCCCCAUGUAUUAAGCAUCAGCCACUGAUCACUUAGCCACUAUAUUUAUGUUUUGAGUAUGGUUAGUUAAGGAGUAAUGAGUUGGAGUUAGUGGGAUAUGUACAAGGGUUAACACUUAAAAUAGGAAACAUAAUUUGAGCUUAAAAUAGGAAACAUACUUUUAGUGCUCCCUACAUUGCUAUCUACAGUGCAUUCGAGAAUUCUUCAACAUUAUGUUACGUUACAACCAAUUAAAAUUUAAAAAACAGAAAUACCUUAGUUACAAAAGUAUUCAGACCCUUUGCUAUGAGACUCGAAAUUGAGCUCAGGAAAAAUCCUGUUUCCAUUGAUCUUCCUUGAGAUGUUUCUACAACUUGA